AUGAAAACUGAUCCAAAUAGUCUUUAUAAAGCUAAUUUUACUAUGGAUAGUCCUACAAUAGUAAUUAAUAUGUCAGAUCCUCAUCAUAGUUAUCAUAAUCAUCAUGGUCAUUAUGAUUAUCCUUAUUUUUAUAGAACAACAACUGUCACAACAACAACAACAACUGAAAAAACAUUUGAUUGUACAACUCCAAUUCAAGUAAGUGGAACUAAUAAUGUUGUAAGAGUAACAUCAACAAUUGCUAAUACAGAUGAUGGUGAUUCAAUUGCAGUUGUAACAUGUACUGUUAUAGAUCCAAAAGCUAAUAAUCAAGCUUGGAUGAAUGAAAAUGGUUAUGGGUGGUUUACAUCACCAGAUGGUCAACAAACAAUGAUACGAACAUAUAAAUGUAAUCAUGAAACUGGAAGUUGGUAUAUUGGUAAUACACCAACUGAUGCCGUUAGAUUUGUAAGAUGCUCAGAUAAGGAUCAAUAA